CACACCCAGCGUGGAUGGACUUGUCGAUGCGGGGAGGAGCAGCUCCUUGUUAGCCAGGCACCACCCAGGAUGGCCAACAACGUUCACAUGAGUGGGCUGCUGAGCCGCCACGAUGACGAAGCCACUAGGACCUCCACCUCAGAGGGUCUGGAGGAGGGGGAGGUGGAAGGAGAAACCCUCCUGAUAGUUGAGUCUGAAGACCAGGCUUCGGUGGAUUUGUCGCACGAUCAGAGCGGGGACUCCCUGAACAGCGACGAAGGUGACGCGUCCUGGAUGGAGGAGAUGUCCUACUACUGCGAGAAGUGCCAGAAGUGGAUCCCAGCAAGUCAGUUGAGGGAACAGCUCAGCUACCUCAAAGGAGAUAACUUCUUCAGAUUCACGUGCUCCGACUGCUCAGAAGAUGGGAAGGAGCAGUUUGAACGGUUGAGACUGACAUGGCAGCAGGUUGUCAUGCUGGCAAUGUACAAUUUGUCUCUGGAAGGAACAGGUCGUCAGGGGUACUUCAGAUGGAAAGAAGAUAUUUGUGCUUUUAUUGAGAAACACUGGACCUUCUUAUUGGGGAACAGGAAGAAGACCUCAACAUGGUGGAGCACAGUUGCUGGCUGUCUCUCUGUGGGGAGCCCUUUGUUUUUCCGCUCAGGGGCACAGGAAUUUGGAGAACCAGGCUGGUGGAAGCUGGUUCAUAACAAACCCCCAACCAUGAAACCUGAAGGAGAGAAACUGUCUGCAUCUGCGCUGAAGGCCAAAGCAGCCUCAAAGCCACCUCUGGAUCCCAUCAUUACUGUGGAGGGACUCCGGAAGCGGGUGAGCCGCAACCCGGUGGAGUCGGCCAUGGAGCUGAAGGAGAAGAGAUCUCGCACCCAGGAGGCCAAGGACAUUCGUAGAGCCCAGAAGGAGGCAGCUGGCUUCCUGGACAGGAGCACUUCCUCCACCCCUGUGAAAUUCACCAGCCGAGGCCGCCGGCCUGAUAUUGUCCUGGAGAAGGGAGAGGUCAUCGACUUCUCCUCCUUGAGCUCUUCCGACCGCACUCCUCUGACCAGCCCUUCUCCUUCCCCAUCGCUGGACUUCUCAGCCCCUGGCACCCCAGCCUCACACUCAGCUACUCCCAGCCUUCUCUCAGAAGCAGAUCUCAUCCCAGAUGUGAUGCCACCACAGGCUCUGUUUCACGAUGAUGAGGAGAUGGAAGGAGAUGGAGUCAUAGACCCAGGAAUAGAGUAUGUGCCCCCUCCCAGUGGGACAGCCGGUGCUGGCACUGUGAUAGCAAGCAGAAAGAAAGUGAAGACAGCUGAGCAGAUCAAGCAGGAGGUGGAGAGUGAGGAAGAAAAACCAGAAAGGCUGGAAGGGGACAGUGAAGAUCCUGACGAUUCAAACGUGUCGCUGCAGGGGAGAGGGCGAGACAAGAGGAAGCCCCAGCUGGAGAAGGAUGCUAAGCCCAGAACUCCAAAGCAUACCUCUGUUAGCAUCUAUGAGGAAAAGCUGCUGCUGAAGAGACUGGAAGCCUGCCCCAAUGCCAUGAGCAUGACCCCAGAGGCCCGGAGGCUGAGGCGCAAGCUUAUAGUCAGGCAGGCCAAGAGGGAGAGAGGACUCCCACUCUUUGACCUGGACCAGGUUGUGAACGCUGCACUGCUGCUGGUCGAUGGCAUUUAUGGAGCCAAAGAAGGAGGUGUCUCCAGGUCUCCAGUAGGGCAAGCAACAUACAGAACUACUAGCCAGGACUUCAGGAUCUUGGACAGAUACCAGACAAUGCUGCCUGCCAUGAAGGGAUAUCGACAGCAGACAACAAAGUUUCUCUAUCGACUGGUAGGCUCCGAAGACCUCCUGACAGACCACAGCAUUGUCAGUCCUUACACAUCCCGUGUCCUGAAACCCUACAUCAGGCGUGAUUAUGAGACAAAGCCCCCGAAACUCAGGCUGCUGGCAGAAAUCCGAGCCCACCUCCACAGGAGUGAUCUCAACUGGAAGGCUGAGCCAGAAGCACCUAUUGACUACUGCUACGUUCGUCCUAAUCACAUCCCCACUAUAAACUCCAUGUGCCACGAAUUCUUCUGGCCUGGAAUUGAUUUGUCAGAAUGCCUGCAGUAUCCAGACUUCAGUGUUGUGGUCCUUUACAAGAAGGUUAUCAUUGCCUUUGGCUUCAUGGUGCCAGAUGUGAAGUACAAUGAAGCUUACAUCUCUUUUCUGUUAGUUCACCCUGAGUGGAGAAGAGCUGGGAUUGCAACCUUCAUGAUUUACCACCUUAUCCAGACCUGCAUGGGCAAAGAUGUAACCCUUCACGUCUCUGCAAGCAACCCUGCUAUGCUGCUCUACCAGAAGUUUGGGUUUAAGACUGAAGAAUACAUUCUGGAUUUCUAUGACAAGUACUACCCCUUGGACAGCAAGGAGUGCAAGCACGCCUUCUUCCUCAGGCUGCGGCGCUGAGCCCUCCCAGCUGCCUGGGGGCAGGGGGAUGCAGCAGAUGAAGGAGCCCAAAUCCAUCAAGGAAAGAAAGAUCUGUUGCAGCUUUCAGCAGAGAACGUUGGCUGCCAGGUGAGAGCUGGAGCACACCGAUGCCCUUCACCCCUAGGGCUCCAGCAAGCGCUGUGCUGUGUGCUGAAACUGCAACCCGAGAGGAUCGGUUCCUACGCUCCAAGGGGAGAGGCCUGGAAAUGCCAACUGGGACAUGCUGAAACCACUGGAGAACUGAAAUUCUGUAUGAGAAGUUCUUCCUGCCACUGUUACUCUGGAGAAGCCUCAUUUGGCACACAAGCGAAGAAACAAAUCCAAACAAACAAGCAAAGAGUCACUUCAGAGGGGGGCCUCAUGGAUUUCAAACUUUGAAACCUGUCCCAAGAAAAGAAGCUGCAGGGUUUUUUUGCUUCUGGGUUGUUUGGUUUGUGGUUUGUUUCUAGGGAAUGAACAUGUAAACUGAAGUCAUCUGCAGUGUUUCUGUGAUCUCAUUGCUUUGUUAGGAUCCAUGUCUUGAAUCUGUGAAGGAAAAGUUAGAUAUUGGUGCAUUUAGCUGAAUGCUCUGCACGUGCCAGAACAGCAAGAUGGGAACCACGCUGUAGGCAUAAUGAAGAGCUCGUUAUGAACUCCUGUGAUCCCUGAAGGCAAGGCUCAGAGGGAGAUGGCUUUCUCCUUCCCCAUGCCUCCUGCCUUCCUUUCCCCUGGCUGACCCUGUGCUCAGUGUGAAGUCCUUGUCGUGUGCAGUGUUUGGUGUUUGGGAAGAAGGUGUCAAAGCGGUUUUGUAAGUAGGUGAGGUAGGACACAGCAGCUGCCAGAUCAGCUCUUUGAAAUCUUACCACCUCUCUGCCAGUUGUUGAUGCUGCAGAUCAGCCCUUUGGGCACACCUCUAACCACAGAGCCAGCCUUGCAGGCUCCAGCAGCCACCUCCUCCUGCUACAGGUGCUUUGUCGAGAAGAAGCCCAGAACAACAGUCAGCAGUGAUGUGUGAAACGCAGGCUCUGGUUUGCAGAAGCAAUCUCUUGGCAGCUUGGAGGGAGGAGAGGAUAGAGGUGGGCCAGUUCCAGUCCUUGGAGGCAUCUAGGCUGCGAUCUCAUGGCUCUAACCCUAAGAGAAGAGCAAAGAAUAAACAGAAACAGCCAAAAACUACAAAAAAUCCAAGCCCCAAACAGUUUCUCUGGCAGUGGGGCCUAGUCUUUUUACACAGCUUAGGGCUUCCUCUCUCCCUGACUUCUCUUGUAGCUGAAGAGCAAGCUGUAAAGUUUGCUCUGCUGCCUGGCCAAAGGUUGGUCCAUUCGUGUAAGUAGGAAUCACAACCCCUGUGCUGUCCCUUUCACACCAGAACCCC